AUGAGCCAAGAACUGCCGGGUAGUACUGACGCUGCAGAACGGUUAACUACUUCCAGCGAUCGCGUGUUUACUGGAACUACAUUCAUGAGUAACGCAACCACUACGGAUGGCUCAUCGAAGACGAACAUCAAACCACCACCUGUAUCGCCCAGUCCCGCGUAUCUGAUGUCAAUGCAAAAGCCGUUUGCCAACACAGCGGGAGCAAACGUCACGUUACUGCGCUGGACUACCUAUGCCGUUAAUCAGUACAACGUACUCCCAAUGAACCGGGUGCCAGUUUUAUUGCCGAAGGCUUGGGCUCCAUAUUGUGGUGACCUAGAAUUGGCUGUAUUUCAUAUGCAUGAGUCCUACCCAGUGACACCAGGUGAAGAACAGCAUGUGCCGUUAUCCGUACCGUUUCUCCUGCAUAACAGUUUGGGCAUCCAAAUGAAUCGUUUUGAUCGGCCUUCCAGAUCUGUCAUUCCCUAUGGCAGACAAGGCGGUAAAUAUCUCCCCGAUGCGGUCAUCCAUCCUGCCUGCGAACUCGUUCGUAGACAUCGCAAGCCACUCGCUCGAGAAAUUAGCAAAAGGGAUUUCAAGCUAGAACGACAAAAGCAAAACGAAGCUCCCGUGACGCCACAGUUGUUACUCAAUCAAAUCCAAGGGAAUUAUUCAUCGAAAGCUUGUUGUCCAUACCCUUGUCUGGAAAAUUACAUCGCGGCUAACAAGGGCCUCGUCUCGGAGAAAGAACCACAGGCUUCAAGCUUCCUGUCGCUUGAGCAGGACCUGAAUCACUGGAAAGAUGGUGUGGUGGAUGUUCGACAGACAACAGCGGAUCUUCGCAAAUAUAGCCUUACAAGAUGUAAUGAGAGCGAACCAGGAAUGUCUAGCUCGGGAAUACUCGAACAAUUACCUUCUCCAACUAUCGUUAGUAGCCCAGUAUCCACUCCACGUAUAGAUCCUCAUCCGGAAGUGCCCGUACCACUUACUGAGGAGAAGAAAUCGAUCGAUAAUGAAGUUAUUUUAACAUACGUUCCAAAACCCGUAGAAAGUGAACCCAAACUAACGUCAGAGGAUAAGAGCGAGCCUUCAAUAGAAACUCAAGAGGUGGAAGAUAAGGAGGUGAUUUUAGAAGUCAGUGUUAGCGAUCUUGUUGAAGAAGCAGAGUUUGAUGCAGACAAGAAGCAUUCUAUUUUACAAGAAAGUGAAAGACCUGAAGAGUCUGAAGAGAGUGUGGAUCGUCCCGAUUCCUUCGAACCUGCAUGCAAUGAGGGAGGGGCCGCACAGGACAGCUCACUGAGUGUAGAAGUACAGGACCAAAUUGAAGUCACAGCCUCAGUCGAAUUAACAGACCACGAGGCGUCUCCUGAAGUUUCGUCAGAAGAGGUCCAGAUUUCCUCUACAGUAACUGAACUGGUUCAACCGCCGUCGGAAAAGCAAUCCAUCCCUGAGCUUUUACCUGACAGUUCAACGGAGAAUCCUCUCCAAACUACCCCUGAGUAA